AAGUUAUCCCGGGGGAUUCCUAAAACAAUUUCGAGGCGGGAGAGAGCGUUCGUAUAAAAGCGCGGGCACUUUUCAGCUAGAGUCAGUUCCCUCCUGGAAAACCCACUGAGAAAUACCACAGCACAAUGAUGAGCCGCAACUUCUUCGUGCUCCUCCUGGCCUCCCUGGCCUUCCUGGCGCUGGCGCUGGCCAGCCCCUUGCUCCUCGGAGGAGGUUCUUUGGUCAUGGUGGUUUCGGCCAUGGUGGUUUUGGCGGCUUUGGCCAUGGUGGUUUUGGCGGCUUCGGCCAUGGUGGUUUUGGCGGCUUCGGCCAUGGUGGUUUUGGCGACUUAGAAAGAGUGCUGCCCAAUGGCAAAGUCAUAGGCUAUGGGUGUUUUGGCCAUGUCUAUUAG